AUGCAUUUACUGAAGCAGUCCAAGUGUGAGCCCAGGCACAAUGCUAUGAACAGGGUGGUGUGGAUCAGCAGGAGGUGCUCAGGAUCAGUAGCAGGUGCACAGGAACAAGAAGAGUAUGCUGCAGGAGAUCAGGACCGGGUGCUCAGGACCAGUGUCUUGUGUGAGGAGCAGCUGGUGGAGUCCAGGGGAGGCUUGGUACAACCUGGGGGCUCCCUGAGACUCUCCUGCAUGGCCUCAGGAUUCACCUUCAGUGAUUACCACAUGAGCUGGAUCCGCCAGGCUCUCGGGAAGGAGCUGGAGUGGAUCUCAGGCAUCAGUAGCAGUAGUAGUUACAUAGACUACACAGACUCCGUAAAGGGCCAAUUCACCAUCCACAGAGACAACGGCAAGAUGAGUGGCCUGCGAGCCGAGGACAUGGCCAUGAACUACUGUGCUAGAGACACAGUGAGACAAUGUCGCUGUGAGAUGACACAAACGUCCCUUCAGGGGCCCUUAGUACCAGCAGGGGGCGAUGGAGAUCCACCUAGUAGAGGCCUGAGCUCCAGGAUCAGGUGCAGAGCAGGAAGCAGGGGACUGAGGGCUUCAUGUGGGCCUCUGGGGUUUCCUCUGUGUAUUACCAUCACAGAACUGGAAGGGACCCAAAAUACACAGGCUUCAGAUGUCUUAUGA